AUGAAGCGUAUCGGUUUGGAAGAUAUUACAAGUGGAAGACAAAGACCUACGAGAUCAGGAAGAAGAUUAUCUUUUUCUGUUGAAAGUCAAGGCUUUGUUGAUAAAAAAAGGGGACGCACAUUGUACGGACGCUCGCGGGCCUACAUUAAAGUCAAUGGAAGAGAUUACUCUCCACACAGGCGUGGUUUUAAUGUCGUUGUUGUCAACUACAAAACUGGUGAGGACGUGUAUUUUUACAGUUAUGAAGAAUAUUUUAAGUCCAAUAGUGAUAGUUAUGAUGUACAUCGUCCACGUUACAGAUUGGAAGGACGUAUCGAGGCAAGGCGAUCUUUUGACACUCAUGGCAGCAGGAAAGCAGCAAGGAGAUUCAAGCACUUUAUUUACAGAAUUAGGCGUGGGAGGAUUGUUUUAAUCGCCAUCCAAGAUGAAGCAUAUCGGUUUGGAAGAUAUUACAAGUACGUCUUCGGAAGGCUUCACAUCAACACACGCAGAAUAAGCCUCAGUUACAGAAGUAGUCUUGCCUUGAUCGGUUAUGUGGGUCGGCGUAGACCAUUCUGGCUUAGAUAUAUGAGUCGACCUCAAAGACGAGGCCCAAGUUACGCAAGGAUUCGCAUCAGAACAAGGGGUGGAAGACAAAGGCCUAGGGGAUCAGCAAGGAGAGUUAUCAGAUACCAUGGACGGCGCUGUGUGGUUAGGAGAAGAAGGAGAUAUGUUGUUCGCUUGGGCCGAAAGAAGAAGAUCAUUCGACGAUUUUUACGUAAAAUAAGAAUCAAGUUGUUACGAAAAUACAGGAAGAUAAAGCGCAUCAGUGGCCGUUGGAGGGUGCGUAUAAAGCGACGUUGGUGUAGGCUGCGAAAACGCCGUAGGGGCUGGUUUUAUCGUUUGCGGAGACGUUGGAAGAAAAUAAGACGCGUUAGACUGACCUGUCGUAUAAGAGGUCGACGACGCAGAGUUCGACGCCGACGAAGGAGAUGGCUUGUUCGAGUCAAAAGACGCUGGAGACGUUGCAAGCGUCGCGUCACGAGAUACAUCAGGUAUCGAAAGAAGAGAGUCAUCGUGCGGAGAGGUAGAGGAGGGUACCGUGUACAACUGAGAAACGGCAAAUAUGGAAAAACAAGGAGGUUCAGAAUUAUUUACCGCCGGUUCAUUAGAGUGAGAUUAGAAAGUCAAGGUUUUGUUGAUAAAAAAAGGGGACGCACAUUGCUCGGACGCUCGCGGGCCUACAUCAGAGUAAAUGGAAGAGAUUAUUCCCCACACCGGCGUGGUUUUAAUGUUGUUCUUGUUAACCGUAGAACUGGUCGGGUUUUCCGAAGGCGAAGUUUUGACACCCAUGGCAGCCGUUAUCAAGCAAAGAAAUUCAAGAAUUUUAUUUACGGAAUAAAAAGCGGCACGAUUGUGUUAGUUGCUAUCCAAGAUGAAGCAUAUCGAUUCGGAAGAUAUUACAAGUACGUCUUCAGAAGGCUUAAAAUCCACCCACGCAGAAUAAGAUUCGGUUUCAGAAGUAGUCUUGCCUUGAUCGGUUAUGUGGGUCGGCGCAAACCAUCUUGGCUUAGAUAUAUGAGUCGACCUCAAAGACGUGGCCCAAGUUCCUUGGUCUCUCGUAUCCCACUUGGCCGAGUUUCCGGAAGAAAGUACCGAAGAAUAAUAAGAAGGAAACGACGACGAGUCCGACGAAGAAAUCGUCGUAAAAGACGUCGAAGACGGAGAUAUCGAAGACAAAAAAUAAGGAGAAAGAGACGACGACGCAGGAGACGAAAACGGAGGACACUCGUUGUUUAUCACGGACGCCGUAAGCCGAUAAUAAGGAGGCCAAUAUUAGGGCUGACUUGGAAGAGAAGGGUUAGGCCUCUGCUUCGCUUGACAGUUUACGUCAGGGGCAGGUAUAGGCCACUCAAGCGAAAAGGUCGAUACUGGUAUACAUUCAUCAGCCCACGAUGGGUUAGAGUCAUCAGAGGAAAGAGUGUUUGGUAUUACCGUUCCCGAAAUCGCUGGCUCAAACUCAAACCUGUCAGGCUUUCGGCACGUGUUGGACGCAGGCGAUGCAGUAUACGACCUCGUGGACGUAAGCUGUACGCUCGCAUCGGGAGGCGUUACAAGCGUGUAAAAACGCGAUUCAUACGCUAUGUCCGUUUCAAAGGAAAAAGAUUUACAGUCAAGAGAAGAGGGAGGAAGGUUAUACUCAUCCGUAAAGGAAGACGGACUCGACCUCUGGCAGUAGUACGUUCCCGACGUUAUAGCCGCAAACUUUUGGUAAGGAGGAGAAGAAGGAGAUUGCGCAGAAUCAGACGUGGGCGGCGAAGAUUGCUCAGAAGAAUCAGGCGGUACUUCAAACGAAAGCGACGGGGACGAAGAGGUCGUCGAAUACAACGGUUCAUUAAAGUGAGAUUGGAAAGUCAAGGCUUUGUUGAUAAAGUAAGGGGACGCAAAUUGUACGGACGCUCGCGGGCCUACAUCAGAGUAAAUGGAAGAGAUUACUCUCUACACCGGCGUGGUUUUAAUGUUGUUCUUGUCAGCCGUAGAACUGGUCGGGUUUUCCGAAGGGUAAGUUUUGACACUCAUGGCAGCCGUAAUCAAGCAAAGAGAUUCAAGAACUUUAUUUACAGAAUCAGAAGCGGAGGAAAGUACAGUAUUCGGUUCCGAAGAAAAUGGUUGCCAAUGAGAAAGCGUCGGCAGAAUUUCAUCAAGCGUGGACGUCGAAGAUAUUCGAUAAAGAAACGAGGCAGGAAAUACUUCGUGAGAUAUCGAAAUAAGUGGAAACGAACGAAAUUGAAAUGGAAGAAGCGAUAUCGGAGAGGAAGGCGACGUUACAGGAUCCGUCGAAGACGACAAAAGAGGAGGCGGCUUCGACGACGUAGAAGACGGAAAAGGAGAAGGCGACGAAGGCGACGAAGGCGAAUCAAAAGGAAGCUCAGACGACGAAGAAGAGCAUCAAGGAUACGCUUUGGACGUAAAUAUCGCACAAUAAAAUAUCGCAGACAGUACGUCAUCCGAUACAACAAAAGAACAACUCGAUUACCUAAUUUCAACCGGCGUGGACUAACAAUCCGUGUAUUUAAACGACAGAGGCGAAUUUUCAGAGUGCGCAGACGAUGGUAUAUUAAGAUAGGACGAAGAACGGUUCGUGUUGUGCGACGUGGCCGCCGUCACGCUAUACGCUGGAAAAAAAAAUGGGUGUGGUUGAGAUGGAGAUUUAGAUUACGCUUUAAGGGCGUCACGCGGGUGAUUAGGUGUCGUGGAAGACGUUGGAGAAUCCGUGUAGGAAAACGCUUCAGACCUAUUAGAAAACGGAGAACACCCUACAUCAUAGCUGGACGGAGACGAUAUCCAGUGAAAAAAGCAAAAGGAGGAAGAUAUCGUAUAUGGGUGAAAACGAAAUGGAGUAGAGCAAAGAGAGUCAAACGACCGCGGCGAAGACGCAAACCAAAUUGGUACAAGCGAAUGAUUAAAAGAAGGCGACGAAGGCGAAGGAGACGACGUCGAAGACGUCGUAACCGACGUUAUAGGCGGAGACGAACCCGUCGUAAACAGCGACGCAGAAGACGAAGACGAAGACGAAUGAGACGAAAGAGACGACUGGGAGGCUGGAGGCGACGUAAAAUUAAUUUCAGGGGAAGGUUCCGUAUUUUGCGUACAUCUAGACCUCGAUUAAGUAUCAAAGUGAAAGGAAUCCGGUACAGAAUCCAUCUAGGUAGAAAGUUGAUGAAGAUCAGGUACGGCGGAAAAUAUAGGGAAGUGAUAUCCAGAGGGAAAUUACCGUACCUUAAGAUUGGAAAGACUUUAUACCGCAUCUACAUCCGCGGACGUUAUUGGAAUAUAAGAAGAGGGAGAAGAUUGCUCCGCUUACCAAGGGUUGCGAGGUACUAUUUCAUGAGAAAAUGGCGACAGGCGAAAUGUAGCGGGAAGAGACUAUACAUCAGGUACAUGCGGCGCUGGUUCCGUGUCCUAAGACAAAAGGGGUAUACCAUCCGCUAUCGUGGUAGAAAAUUAAGGGUGAAGAGGACACGUAAAGGAUACAAAGUACGCUUUGGAGGUCGCUAUGGAAAGGCUCGAAGAGCGAGGAAAAGAAGAACGAGGAGAAGAGGGCGCGGAAGACUUCGACGAAGAAGGGGAAGGCGAGUGAGGAGGAGGAGACGGUACGGACUAAGAAGGAGAGGACGGCGGGGAAGACGACGACGUGGAAGGAAGUACGGAUUACGACGUCGACGACGAAGAAGACGUGGUAGAAGGUACAGACUAAGAAGAAGAGGAAGACGUCGACGUGGAAGAAAAUAUAGAUUACGGCGUCGACGACGAAGAAGACGUGGUAGACGUUACAGGUUAAGGAGAUAUCGUGGACGAAGGCGUCGCCCAAGACUCUACUUCAAAGGACGUUACCGACGUUUGAGAAAGGGAGGAAAAGUAUGGUACGCGAAAAUUGGUGGACAUAGAUUCAGACUUCGCAGAACCGGUCGUCGAGUGAAAAUUUACUACAAGAAACGAUGGCGUCUAAGUAAUAAGCAACGCGGAAAGUGGUACAUCUGGUAUGGAAGAGGGUGGAAGCCUAUCGUGAGGCGUCGAGGCCACUGGUUUAUGAAAAUCCGUCGGCGCCUACAACGGCUAAGAAUGAAGGCGAAUCUGUUAAUGAUCAAGGUCAGACGGAUCUGGGCACGCAUGAUGAUGCUGAAGAGGCGGCUGUACGUUAAGGUCGGUCGUAAAUGGAAUCGAGUGGUUAAACGUCGAAUGUAUCGUAUACGCUAUCACGGCCGCAACCUGCUGGUCAAGAGGAAAGGAAAAAGCGCUUCUGUUCGAUAUCACGGACGUUGGUGUCGCAGGAGAAGGAUAGUGAAGAGACAACCUCGUCGCUUGUCGAGGAGACAAAGAAGGCGACUGCGAAGAAGGAGGAGGAGGCGGGCUAGGAGACGACGACGUCGGAGGAGAAGGCGAAGAAGGCGAAGAAGAAGACGUAGACGGAAGCUUAGGAGAUAUGGACGGCGACGACCACGACAAAGACCUAAAGACGCAACAGAAGAUGACGACGAGGAAGCGUAA